AUACGAAAUGUGAUCUAGUGGUAGGAUCUGGGCCCGUUAUAAAUUGCAGCGAAGAUGGACUGGGCUUUUGUUUUUGGAAAGAAAACGAGCUUUUUCAAAAUUUGCAGAAGCCCUUAAAGGAAAAGAAAAGCUUCCCGCCGUUCAAUCAAAAUCCUCGUUUCAAGAAAACCCCCAAAACCAAAAAUGGAAAAGGAGCAAAAUAUUGAAGGAGUCGAUCGACCGAUGGUGCUGUUGUCUGUAAAAAUUCUUGCCCUUCGUCGAUAGAUAAGAAUUAGGGUUUCCAUGAUUAUUGUAUGAUUCUGCAUAGGAUGCCUUCUUCUUCUUCUUCUUCUUCUUCUUCUUCUUAUUCUUCUUCUUCUUCUUCUUCUUCUUCUUCCGAGGAGGAGGAUCCAAAAGUAUAUGCUAAGCACUCAAGAAAGCAAACUACCUAGACUGCAGAAGAAGCUAUGACGUACUACAAGGACACCCACCAGGUUGGUUGGUUUUAGUUAAUUCCCAAUUAUGGAUGGUUCCCUUGGAUUGCGUUUGAAUAUCAUGCUCGAUCUGGGUUGGGACUAAUUUGAUGAAAUUUUGGGAUAGGGUCGAUGGAUGAAUGAUGAAUCAAGGUGUGGAAUACGUGUUUGUGGAUCCCAUUCGCAGCAAGGUUGUGAUUGCCCAAUGUAAGAUUUUCUGCCACUCCUUGUUCACGGCCAAGAAGGUCGGCCCCUCCUCUGCCUCCUCCUCCAUGGAGAGCAGCUCUGCCACUCCUCCUAAGAUGGUUGCUGUCAAUAAUGAUGAUGACUCCUCCGCCACCGCAGUGGAAAGCAGCCCUCCAACUCCUGCUGCUGAGGAGUUGUUCUUGGCCAGGUGAUGAAGCUCACUGUUCAUUCUUGUGUCAUCAUUGAUCCUUCUAGACCUGGUAACUAUACAUCUACUCUAUGCUUAAUUGGUUUGGUAGCUAUGAUGUUGGUUUGAGAUGAUGAUGCCAUAUCUUUACUCUUAAACUAACUAUCUAGUUGCAUUUAGGCUAAGGGUAUAUAUUAGCUUGCUGAUAGGAAGAUAGAAUAGAUGCUUAAAGAUGAG